AUGGAGUUCGGAUUCCUUAGCCGGCUGUCACAUAUCUCGACUAACGGCUACUCUGUUGAACCAGCAGCUGUGAGCGUGAAAGACUUGGAUUCCUGGGCAACAUUUCAUUCUGAUCAUCUUCCUGUCCAGAUGACCAUGGUUUAUGAGAACACGCUCCAUCGGUAUGUUGAUCACAUCUUGCUCAAUGGGCAAGUCGUUCGCACCGAGAAGGAUGGCUACGGCAAUGUCACAUGGAGUCACGCGCCCAAUCCGACGCGGAACUCCACCUCCACAUUGCUCAGGGCCAUGUAUUAUGGCCCGGUCUCUGGACCUAUGCUCGGCCGUUUGAAGGAGGACAGCUGCACGAGGCAUGGUGCAUAUAAUGUAUUCACUGACAACUGCGGUGACUAUGCUGACAGCCAGUGGGAGUGCUGGGACGGGGAGGAUGUUACCAAUGUAGCAAAGCUUGCACGCUGCCUUCCCCAUACACGCCUUCUCAUGGAGUUCUGCAAGUUCUGGUAUCGUGAGCUGGGACAAGAAGAAGUGUACAGACGUUUCAACCUUCUGAAGGCCGUCGCCUUUCCAGAUUCUACCAGGUAA